AUGAGUCAAGAAUAAUACAAAUGGAAUGAAUUGUUAUGGAAACCCAUUGUUCGACCUCCAAGACAUCGUUAUAAUCUUAAAGAUCUUGGGAACGAAACAUUUAAAGUGCAAGAUACAAUCACAAGAAGAACAGACUUUGAAAUACAUAAUAAUCGAAACUAGAAACUAUAAUGUAGUUUAUUUGAGCCUCUGAGAAUGUAAGAAAAACCUCAUCCUUGUAUGAUAUACUUACAUGGUAAUUCUAGUAGUAGAAUUGAAUCAUUCACUAUUAUUGAAUAUCUAAUCCCUGCAAACAUUUCAGUUUGCGGCAUAGAUUUGUCUGGUUCUGGAUUAUCAGAGGGUGAAUAUAUCUCCUUGGGAUUUCACGAGUCUAAGGACGUUAUUUGCUUAUAUGAUUACUUGAGAGAAAACAAAGGAUAUCUCACAUCUAUAGGUUUAUGGGGUAGAUCAAUGGGUUCUGUGACAGCCAUUUUAGCAGCCCAUAAUAACUAUGAAUUUAAAGUUUUGGUUUGUGAUAGUCCGUUCUCUAAUUUAACUUUACUAUGCAAGGAAUUAGCAAAGGCUAAUUACAAAAUUCCAAAUUGUUGUUUUAAUUGUUUUUGGUGCUGCGUAAAAUCUAAAAUUCAUUAAGAAGUUAAAUUUAAUAUUGAUGAAUUGAAUAUAGUUCAAAUCAUAUAAGUUUUACCCUAGGAUGUCCAAAUAUUAUUUUUAUCUGCCCAACAAGAUGAUUUGAUAAGAGAGAGUCAUCCUAAAUUGUUAAUGAAAUUAUUUCCUGGUGAAAAUAAAGAAUUGUUUAGUUUUGAAGGCACUCAUAAUUCCAGAAGACCUGCCAAAAUAUUGCAAGAGUCCGUUCGGUUUGUAUGCAAGGCUUUUGGUUAAAAGGCUUGGACUGAAGUUUAGAUAACAAACACUACCAAAUACUCAUAAACUUAACUAUCAAAAUAAAUACCUUUGCUUAAGGGAGACAGAAAAAGUGUACAACCCUACAUAGAAAAAAGUGAAUAUUGA